AAUCUCCAUGAGCCAGCUGAAGCUCAGACAGUUAGGAUUAAUAAUAAUUACAACUCAGAAAGGGAAACCUGACCCUCUGUGACAUUUUCUAGCCCAGAAUAAUCGCUCAGCAGAAUGUUUCCAACAACAGGAGUCUCAGGUGCAGCUUUCUUGUCCUCCGGCCACAGCAGAGACGCCCUACUGAUUAUGUGCAGCCAAAAGUCACAUCUAGAGCUGCCCUGAAAUCAAACAAAGACUGUGGAGCCAGAGCCUGUGUCACUGAGAUCCCUGCCGCUCACCCACCCACCCGGGCGCAACACCCCAUGCUGAGCACCCACUGACACGAUCUGUCCCACAGACUCACAAAGUGCCUGAAAUGUCGGACGGAGACGUCAUACUGAAAGAAAUUGAGAAUGAGGAGAAAAGGGUUCCCAGAAGAAUAAUUCACUUUGCAAGUGGAGAGACGAUGGAGGAAUACAGCACAGAGGAAGAAGAGGAGGAAGAGGAAGGACAGAUUGACUUCCGUAGUGUGGACACGGCCAAGAUGAGCUGGAAAUCCUACGUUCAGUUCUGGAUCGUGCGAAUAGCAACCGGCGCCUUCUUUACCUGUGACUUUCUUGGGGGGCGACUGGCGACCCUGUUUGGCCUGACGGUUCCCAAAUACCAAUACGCCAUUGAUGAAUAUUACCGAAGGAAAGAGGAGGACAGCAGCGAUGAAGAUGGCCAAGAAAUCCCAGAAAUGGUUAUGGUCCAGGCUGAAAAACAGCAUCUGCCGACCCAAAGCGUUGAGUACGGCGCCAUCUCCCUGAAAGACAGACCUGCCCAGUAUGAGGACCAUUAUAACAUGGACUCCGACUCCCACCAAUCACACGAGACAUAGAGCACAUUUCACACAGACUUGGCUUCUUUCAAUUCUUCCCUCUGGCCAAUAAGAAAAGACCCGGCAAUGCCAAAUGCCUUAUUGUAAGGUGCAGAGAUGCCAAAAUGAAGGGUCUGCUCAUCCUGAGGCGCCUCACAGUAUUGGGUGGAGGUAAUUUCAGGAUGGAGGCUUAUUGGCUGUCAUUCUAUUCCAUGAACAAUUAUAGGAGUAGCUAUUUCUUAUGAGCAAAAAAAGGACUUUAGUCCUGCUCUUUUGUCCCCAUUAUUCAUCUGUCUGGGAGUUGUAGUUCUAAUACAAUUGCUAAGCUAUGGAUUGGGCAGCCUUUAUAUAAAGGGUUAAUGACAUCAUCUUUCCCUGCUUUAUCUGGUCUCCCCAUUAUUCUAUCUCUAUCUACUGCUCCCAAGUUGUGCCGGCGUCAAAAUUUUUUUUCCGAAAAAAUGGACGCCGGCGUCAAAAACUAGACGCCGGCGCCGUUUCGUGAAUUUUUCGACGGUUCACAAAUUUUACGGCGAAGCGAAACGGCGCAAAUUCGCCCAUCACUAGUGAAGGGGCCCGAGCAGUUAACCCCUAGCCAGACCACCUUGAACUCCACCAUCUUAGAAGCCCCUGACACUCAAUGGACCAGGACAAUCUGUCCAACUGUUAUUUUUUAUUUAUUUAUUUUUAAUCACAGAGACCCAAUCAGAAUGAAGCCUUCGACGGGACUCCCCAGAGCUCUAUAGCUUCUUACUGAAUGUAGAAUGGCUGUUAUGGGAAGGGGCCACAGCAAUGGAUAAAGCCUGCAGCACAGGGACCUAUUUGGGGUGUUUUGCCUGUGUCUGCAUGGGUUUCUUCCCACACCCCAAAUACAUACAGGCAGAUUCAUAGGUUGUUGAUACAACUGCCCCCCAGUGUAUGGGAUAUUAGAUUGUAAGCUCCACUACGGCAGGGAUUGAUGAGUAAUCUCUGUACUGGUGCUGCAGAAUAGGUCAGCGCUGUAUAAAUAAGGUAUAUUUAUUAAAAAACACAAAUCACCUGCA